AUGCGAUCCCUUCCCAAAAGACACAACCCUCUGAUUCUCCCGGAAGCGUCUCCUCCCUAUGAGGAGCUCCUUGCCCUCCGUCGCCUCGGAAAGACCCAUCUAGCCGUCAAGCCGGCGCAGGUCGGCACUUCCAAUGCGACCAAGCCAGAGAACUUGGGUCCCUUUGAGUACGCCCAUCUGCGCGCUCCAUUGCCCAAGGACCUCCGGGGGUCAGAGAUCUUCCCGUCGCAUAAUCCGCAACAACAUCCCGAGACGUAUUUCCUCAUGCGACGAAGCAAGGAUGGAUACAUCAGCGCGACCGGUAUGUUCAAGAUCGCGUUUCCCUGGGCCAAACUGGAGGAAGAGAGGGCGGAGCGCGAGUACCUGAAGUCGAGGCCCGAAACCAGUGAAGAUGAAAUCGCUGGCAAUGUGUGGAUCUCUCCAAUGUUCGCCCUGGAACUCUCGAAAGAAUAUCGCAUGUUCGACUGGGUCCGCGCGCUCCUGGACCCGACCGACAUUGUUCAGAGCCCCGCGAGCGCGAAGAAGCAGAUCACUCCCCCUCCGAAAUUUGAGAUGCCCCCGUUGGAGACACUGACAGAGCUCGCUCCCCCGACCCGCAGCCGAAGCAGACGCUCUGUUUCUCCUGCCAAGGGUUCCCCUCGCAAGUCCAGGCAAACAAGGGGGGCAAAGGAGAGCUCAGUAGCUGCCUCCGCCGCAGCUAGUGCCAGCUUGCAAUCCGCCCUGGGCACGGCCGCUUCUGCCGCGGAUUCUGAGUCGGUGGAUGGUGCUGCUGAGACGAACGGGGACAUCAAUCAUGACCAGACGGUCGAGGAGACCAAGCCAAAGAAAGAGACCAAGACUAGGUCUAAGAAGGCUGCUGCGGCGGAUGAAAAAGCUAAGGCUAGUGUCGAGUCCGCCGAUGCCCGGGGCGAAUUCAAAUUCACGCAGCCCAAGCUCUCCGGUGAUACAGAGGUCAGCUUGCCCGAGCCUCCUCCUGCUGAGGACACGGAAAAGAUGAUCGCCGAGGCGAAACAGAUGGUGGAUGACGCCACCAAAGCCCAGCAGGCCGAGGGCGAAGGCGAAGGCGAGGGCGAAGGUGAGGGUGAGGAGCCAUCCUCAGCAUCGCCAAAAGCCAGCAAGAAGCGCAAACCGGAUGAAGCAGCCGACGAAGAAGACAAGGAUUCAGAGACUCCGGCCCAGCCGACAAAGAAGGCUAAGGUCUUGGAGGACAAGUUGAGGCGGGAGAGAGUAAGGAACCGAGCCCUGGUGGGCGUUACAGCGACAUUGGCACUUGCUGCCGCGAUUCCGUAUUUCUUCUAG